AUGUCCAAACCCUCAGCCAACGGGUCCGGCCCCAGCGGCAACGGAGGCAAACCCCCCGUUGCCCCCGACCUCAACCAAGUCCUCAACUCCAUCUCCCUCUCCAUGUCCAAGCACCGCGGCUUAUUGGCCUCUCUCUCCAAGCAUCGCCCUUCGGUGUCUUCCACCACCACCAGCAGUUCAACAACAUCAAGCAAGCCGACCACCAAGUCCGGGGGAUUCUCAACCCUUCUGCAGCAGCAAAAAUCAGCAUCAACGACGACACCUGCAGAGCAGGAGGGAGAAGGAGAAGAAGAAGAAGAACGCAAAAUCCCAGACCACGAAGAAGAAAUCAGGUCGAUACUUAACCAACCUCCUAAUGCUGGAUUGGGUUGGGUGCCGCCGUCCAAGUCUGACAACAACAACAACAACGGUGGAAGCCAAGGAGGAAUGCAGGGGAGCAAAGAAGAGAGAGAGUUGGGGAGGAAGAUGGGGUUGAAGUGGCAGCAGCCCGGCGGACAGCAGCAGCAGCAGGGACAGAAGAGAAAAAAGAUGGAGGAGGAGAGUGAGAGUGAGGAGGAGGUGGGCAGGGCGGGGGCUGUCAGGGGGAAGAGGAGGGGUGUGGUCUCUGCGGAUUUGGAUGGGGGUUCGAAGGGGGGAAGAGGAGCGGGGAGGGCAGGGAAGCCUGGUGGUGGUGAUGCGAAGGGGAGGGGAGCGGUGCCUUUGCCUGUAUCAGGGGCAAUGCUUGGACAGGGGAGCAAGGCAGUGGCGGGUGAUAACAAGGUGGUGAAUGAAGGACAGGGUCAGCCGGACAAGGCAGAGAAAAAUCCUGCUUCUGCUGCUGCUGCUGCUGCUGCUGCUGCUGCCACGAACGAAGCAACAGAUGGCCAGCGUAAACCAGACGCAAGCGCAAAGCAGCAACCAAGUCCGACGACAGCCACCACCACAACUCCGCCAACAGAUACGCCCAAGCCAGCAGAUAGCGAACCUGGCACAACUUCUGGGCAGUCUCAACAGGCCAAGAAAAAGAAGGAAAAUGAAAACAGGAAAAAGAAGAAGAACAAGAAGAAGAGGAGAAAGGCUGCGCAGGCCGAGGGCGGAGAGGGAGCGCCAGUUAAUGGGAAAGAGACAGAAGAGGAUGGCGGUCAUGAUGAUGGGGAAGAGUCAGAAUAG